CUCGUCUCACGGCAAACAACAAAAUAAAUAGUGGAGCACGAAAAAAAAAUUGAAAAUUUUUAAAAAAUAAUCAUGCCGGAGGAGCAAGAAGAAAACCAAGGAGAGAUCGAAAAUGUCCGAGUUGUGGUCAGAUCACGUCCAUUGAGCAAAGAUGAAAUCGCAGCUGGUGCACAAAAUAUCGUCAAGGUUGAUAAGGCAAACAGACAAAUUUCUGUACAGAAACCGAAUGCAGGCACGGCAGAACCACCAAAGAUUUAUUUCUUCGACAAUGUCUUCGAUGACCAUUCGUCGCAGAUUGAUUUGUAUGUCGAUACAGCUCGUCCCAUCGUUGACAAGGUCUUGGAAGGGUACAAUGGAACAAUUUUGGCUUAUGGGCAAACGGGAACCGGUAAAACUUACACAAUGUCAGGCAAUCCGGACUCGCCACAGACAAAAGGCAUUAUUCCCAACACCUUUGCGCACAUUUUUGGGCACAUUGCCAAGGGAAAGGAUAAUCAAAAAUUCUUAGUUCGUGUCAGCUACAUGGAGAUCUACAACGAAGAAGUGCGCGAUUUGCUCGGCAAGGAACUCAACAAAAGUCUCGAGGUCAAGGAACGUGCCGACAUCGGCGUUUUCGUCAAAGACCUCAGUGGCUACGUCGUUCACAAUGCCGACGACCUCGACAACAUCAUGAAACUCGGCAACAAAAACCGCGUCGUCGGCGCCACAAAAAUGAACCUCGAGUCAUCCCGUUCGCACGCCAUCUUUUCCAUCACCAUCGAAUCGAGCGAAACGGACGAACGCGGCGAACAACACGUCAAAAUGGGCAAGUUGCAACUUGUCGACUUGGCUGGCAGCGAACGUCAAAGCAAAACGCAGGCAUCCGGGCAACGCCUGAAGGAAGCAACCAAAAUAAAUUUGUCUCUUUCGGUGCUGGGAAACGUAAUCAGCGCUCUGGUUGACGGCAAAUCGACGCAUAUCCCGUACCGAAACUCAAAACUCACGCGUUUGCUGCAAGAUUCGCUCGGCGGCAACUCCAAAACUGUCAUGUGUGCGAGCAUCAGUCCGGCAGACAUCAAUUAUGCGGAAACUAUUUCGACUCUGAGAUACGCGGCACGUGCCAAGAGCAUCCAGAAUUGCACGCACAUCAACGAGGAGCCGAAAGACGCGCUUCUGCGACACUUCCAGGAGGAAAUUGAACUGCUGAAGAAGCAACUCGAGGAUGGCGUCUUCGAAAAUGGCUCGGAAGGCGACGAAUUGGACGCCAGCGAAGACGAAGAAAUCGAAAUUGACGAAUACGAGAAGGGCGACAAGCUGAAAAAGAAGAAAGGCAUGAAAGACAGUCAAACGGAAAAAACGGACGAGGAAAAGGAAUUGCUCGAGAAAAAAGUUCUCGAACGCGAAAAGGAAUUAAAAUCCGCCAAAAGCGAACAGGAACAAAUCAAGGCAAAGCUACAAUCGCUUGAGAACAAAAUUCUCGUUGGCGGCGAAAAUUUACUCGAAAAAGCGGAAGAACAAGAAAGAUUGCUCGAAAAUGCUGUCGAACAACUCGAAGAAGCGGCGCAAAAGGAAAAAACUCUCGAAGAUCACUUGCAAAAAAUUGAAGCGGAACGCAUCAACAUCGAGGAACAAUAUUCGUCGUUGCAGGAAGAAGUCACCGGAAAAACGCGCAAAUUGCAAAAAGUCAUGUCGAUGUUGAUGGGACUCAAAUCUGAGUUAUCGGAUCAGUUGCAGGAACAACAGCGGGAGAAAGAGGGAAUUUACGAUAAUUUACGGAGUUUGACGCGGGAAUUGUCGCUGUGUGAACUCGUUCUCAAUUCUUACAUUCCGAAAGAGUAUCAGAACAUGAUUGAAAAAUUCACGCAUUGGAACGAAGACAUUGGCGAAUGGCAACUCAAGUGUGUCGCUUACACCGGCAACAACAUGCGCAAGAGCAUCCCCGAGCCCAAAGUGAACACAAAAGAUCUCGAUUUCGUUGAUUUGUCGUACGUUUAUUUGAGUUACAACACCGAAAACGUUCAAGAUCCCGUGAGAGCAAAAUCAGCUCGACCUCGUACCUCGGGAGUGCCGAGACCGACAACCGCGAGAAAAUAUUACUAAAAAAAAAAUUCACAUUUCCUCAAUUUUUUUUAGCGACUAUUCAAGAGAAAAAGUAUAGAUUUAACUCCUGUUAUCCUGAUUUCUUUAAAUUUUAUCAAAUUUUUCCCCUUGUUAUCGAUGGCUUUCUAAAAGCUUAGAGCUUCUGUCCCCCUCCCCCCUAAAAAAAUAACCAAUGAAGUAAAUUAACCCCAAAUUUAUUAACAAUUACUAGUCUAAUAAUCGGCAAGUAUUAUUUUUAAGGCGUAGAUUAAGUUGAUUAACGAAUAAGACACGAAUGAAUUACGAGAUUUGCUUGGAAAAAGUGAAUUUCCGAACGAAAAUUUGAUCUCUAGUCAUCAAAAAAUGUAAUUUUUGUAUUGAAAUGGAUGAUUAACUAAAUGAAAAUUGUAGCUUUUAGCCAAAAUUAACCUAGAAUUAAUACCAAAACACUUAGUUGCACCAAAAAAAAUUAAAUAAAAAGUUUUGUUUACAA